AUGGCAGCAGCUCACGACUUGUCCGAUAGUGUACUUGGAGGUCCUAUUCAGGUGCAAGACAGUAGGCUCACGGAUGCAUAUGGACGCACGCUUCUUCUAAGGGGGGUUAAUAUUGGCGGUGCAAGCAAAUUGCCCUCUAUACCCUCCAACGUAAGCUCAACAUAUCUGGAUCCGGAGAAUGUAUCCUUUGUCAAUCGGCCAUUUCCAUUAAGCGAAGCACAUGAGCACUGUGCUCGGCUGCGUGCCUGGGGUCUUACUUUGGUUCGCCUACUAAUAACCUGGGAAGCUUUGUCACAUGCAGGUCCGUGUCCAGAGUACCCGAUUGAUGCAAACUAUGUGACAUACCUAAGAAAAUUGCUUCAUGUUUUUGAUCAGCAUGGAAUCAAGUGUAUUAUCAAUGCACAUCAGGAUGUUUGGAGCCGCUUCUGUGGUGGAAGCGGCGCACCGGCUUGGGUGCGUGGAUUUGUUGCUAACGAUGAGACGCUCCGUGCAGCGGGAAUGGACCUGCAUGGAAUUGUAGCAACUGGAGCUGCCCUUGUUCCCGAAUCACCUGCAAAACCGAUGAUAAGUAAACCAAGCAGAGGGCGCUCAGAGCCAACAGGUCCUUUCAACUGGCCGUCGGGAUAUCAAAAAAUGGCGCCGUGUACGAUGAAUACGCUAUUCUGGGCUGGGAGAGUGUUUGCUCCUAACUUCUGUUUGCUAAGAGAUACAUUUGGUCGUUCCUUGACGCGUGAAUCGGCAAUGAACAUCCAAACAUUUCUUCAAGAGGCAUACAUUGAAGCCUAUGCCCAAUUGGCGGAAGCACUCUCUCCCUUGCCAGCACUAGCAGGAUUCGAGGUCAGUGGCUAA